AUGAGGAACAGGGCCACUACACCGUUGAGCAAGCCUAAAAUCCGACAAUCAUGGAGCAAAUAUAACCUAUUCAACCUGCAGCGCCUGCGUAAUCCCCCAACCGGCAGCAAAACAUUUUUCCAACAAAAAUGGACGGCCAAGUCCAUGGCCCGAUCAUACCAUGGUGAACAAGUCCGCGAGAGCCAAUGGGCGCGCAUGUUCUCCCGCCGCAUUCGCAGCGUCGUGCCCAUGAGCCCAGCUAGAUUAGCCCAGGAUGAUGGCUCCGGGAUGUCCGCUGGUCGUGGAGCGGGUGUGGAGGGUACCAAGGAUUUCCCUCGAUUGACACCCUUUACACAGAUGACGUUUGCUCCUCUGGAGCGUCGAUUGGAUGUGGCUAUCUUCCGAGCUAUGUUUGCUAGCAGUGCUAGACAGGCUCGGCAGUUUGUUGUUCACGGUGCGGUGACGGUUAAUGGGAAGCAGAUGAGAUACCCCGGUUACCUCCUUAACCCUGGCGAUCUUUUCCAGGUCGACCCCGAGCGUGUCAUGUAUGCAACUGGUGCCCCUAAAGAUAAACACGAGCGUCGAGAGGGACGUGUUGCCCGGAAAAAGUCGGCAGAGUCGCAAGAAGCGGAAGCGGAGGCGAAGGAAGAGGUUGCUACGGAAGAGUCGGGAGAGAAGAAGGAAGCCGAGUCUGAGGAACAGGGCCAAAAGAAGGAGAACGACGACCCACGAGAGACUCUGAAGGUCCUGCUGGCCCAGGCCAAGAAUAUUAUGGCCGGCAGUAAGGAUGUGCUCCCCGCAAAGCGCAAGCAGGAACUGCGUGGAUUCCAGAAGGCCGUCAAACGUGUCCUCUCUCGUUCCGAUUCAAGCACCGUUCUCGCCGACAACCUGGAAUCACAAUUCUCUGAGCUCAUUACUCUCCUCAAGGCCAAGCCUGCGGAGAAGAAAGACACUAAGCGCUCGAAGCGUGAUCAGUCUUCCGACGAGACCAAGAACGUUUCCGAGUCCGCAUCCGAAUCUGCUACAGCCAGUGAAUCCCAGCCCGGAGAGGCCUUAACUGAGGCUUUCCGACAGGCCGCCGAGAACCCCGAGGAAGAAGUUGACACCUCAGAACUUACAGAAGAGGAGUUCGAUGUGCUCAAGCGGGCUCUCGUCCAGAUGCGUGACAACCCCAUCGACAGCACAAAGCCCUACGCCACCCCCUGGAGGCCUCGCGAUUACAUGAGCGCUUUCGCCUUCAUCCCCCGAUACCUCGAGGUCAACCACAACAUCUGCGCAGCGGUCUACCUGCGCCAUCCGGUGGCUCGUCCUGGCUUCUCGGAGGUGCCGACACCGUUCGGCGAGCCCGUCGGUACAGCCGCUUUCACCUGGUACCUGAAACGGCGGUAG